GAUGCGUUUGUUAAUCAUUAUGUUGUUCCUUGUGAUCCACGCAAACUCGGUUUCGUUCAAUUUCUCCAGCUUUCAACCAAACACUCAAAUGAUUAUGUACCAAGGUGAUGCAUUUGCAUCAAGCGGAAUUCAAGUGACCAAGAAUCAGCGUGACAAAUCACUCAGGAACAGCGUCGGGCGCGCGUUGUACUCGGAUCCUGUUCAAAUCUGGGACCGAAAGACCCGAAAACUAACAGAUUUCAUCACACAUUUUACCUUCUCAAUGAAUGCACUCAAUGCUUCUACCUUUGGUGACGGGUUAUCCUUCUUUCUUAUGUCGUUUGAGCCCGAGAUUCCCGCGGGUUCAUUCGGUGGUUAUCUUGGUUUAUUCAGCCCGUCUUCGGCUUUCAAUUCCUCGAACAGUACUGUCGUCGCAGUCGAGUUUGAUUCGUUUAUGAAUCCAUGGGAUCCUAGUGAUAACCAUGUUGGGAUCAAUGUUAAUUCAAUUGUUUCAGUGGCUAAUAUUUCGUGGAAUACUAGUAUUAAAGAUGGAAGAGUUGCAAAUGCAUGGGUGAGUUAUAAUUCUAGUACAUAUAACCUAAGUGUGUUUUUAUCGUACGAUGAAAACCCUAUUUUUGUUGGGAACUCUAGCUUGUGGUACGUUGUGGAUUUAAGGGAUGUGUUACCCGAAUCGGUUCGGGUUGGGUUUUCGGCUGCGACCGGAGACUGGAUCGAAACGCAUACCGUUUUCUCAUGGACGUUUGAUUCUAGUUUGGGGGAGGUUAAAACUCGGGUGAAGAAGCACAUAUGGUUGACAACGGGUUUAGCCACGGGUUCGGGUGCUUUAAGCCUCAUGGUUGGGUUUUUAUGGUUCGUUUUAUGGAAGAAACGAGUUUAUUUGCGUAGAAAAUCGGAAGAUAUGGCUAUAGAUUAUGAUUUCGGGGGUGAUAUUGGGCCGAAACGAUACUCCUUUCACGAACUUAGUAAAGCAACCGAUGGGUUUUCGGAGGAUCGAAAGCUAGGUGAAGGUGGUUUUGGGGGCGUUUAUAAGGGCAUAUUGAGUGGUGUAAAUGUAAAGGUAAAGACAGUGGUUGCGGUUAAGCGGGUGUCGAGUGGAUCGAAGCAAGGGAAGAAAGAGUAUGUGUCGGAAGUAAAGAUCAUCAGCCGAUUACGGCAUAAAAACUUGGUGCAAUUGAUCGGGUGGUGUCAUGAACAAGGUGAUUUCCUUCUCGUAUACGAGUAUAUGCCAAACGGAAGCCUCGAUUCGCAUUUGUUCUACUCGAAAUCGACAAUAAAUUCAUCGGUUAGGUACAAAAUAGCCAUGGGAAUUGCCUCGGCCUUGCUUUACCUACAUGAAGAAUGGGAGCAAUGUGUGGUGCAUAGGGAUAUCAAGUCAAGUAAUGUAAUGCUAGAUUCGAAUUACAAUGCCAAGUUAGGCGAUUUUGGGCUCGCGCGGUUGGUGGACCAUGAUCUAGGGUCUCAAACCACGAUUCUAGCCGGGACCAUGGGUUACCUUGCCCCAGACUGUGUGAUGACUGGCAGAGCCAGUAGAGAGACAGAUGUGUAUAGCUUCGGGGUUGUUGCCUUGGAAAUCGCGUGUGGGCGAAAGCCGAUUGACACAAAGGCGGAACCUAGUAAACAAAGAUUGGUAGAAUGGGUUUGGAGUCUCUAUGGUGAAGGAAAGCUAUUGGAAGCUGUAGACGAGAGGUUAAAUGGCGAUUUCGACAAAAGAGAAAUGGAGUGUUUGAUGGUAGUUGGUUUGUGGUGUUGUAACCCCGAUAGUAGCGAGAGGCCGACGAUAAAACAAGCUAUAAGCGUGCUAAAUUUUGAAGGUCCACUUCCUAGUCUCCCAGCUAAACAACCAGUGCCCAUGUAUUUCGCACCACCAAUGGCUAUGUGUAGGUUCACCUAUACGUCAUCAGUACUUGGUGAUACGGCUACUUCUGGAACAAAAGUGUCCGUGACUAGUAGUGGGUCGUGUUCAUCGGCAGGGUCCUCGAAAGCGCUACUGGGAAUGCCCAAAAAUGGCUUGUAGGAUGGAGGCAUUGUUGAUGUGAGAACAAACAUUCAUUAACAAUAUAAUUCUUUUUUUAUAUUAUUUUA